ACGUGCUUACCUGUCCCCUCACUCGUUCCAUUCAUUCCGAAAUCUCUUUCCAGUAUGUCAACCGUCACAGCUGUACAGACUCUGCCCGUUCAAGAGGGUGAUAUCGAGCUUGUCCCUCUAGAACAGCAUGCAACUCUAGCCGCUACCCCUCCAAAUGACGAGCCAGGGUUAAGUAAAGCCAUCAUCACCAAGAUCGUUGUGGCAGGCGUAUCAUUUUUCUUCGCUGGAACAAAUGACGGCAGCCUGGGAGCUCUGACGCCAUACAUCCUCCGAACAUAUCACGUUGGCACCGAAUAUGUCGCCCUCAUAUAUGCGUCUACUUUUCUCGGCUGGGUUCUCGUGGCUGCAACAAACAGCUAUCUUGUCCGAUAUCUACAGCUGGGUUCCAUCAUGACCGUGGGGUCCGUACUUCAGAUCAUCGCCCAUGUUCUUCGGUUCUGGACUCCGCCUUUCGGUCUUUACGUCUUCACCUUCUUUCUGCAGGCCGCAGGCAUGUCCUACAAUGACACGCAUGCAAAUACCUACGUGGCUUCUGUAAAAGGUGCGCACAGAUGGCUGGGCUUCAUUCAUGCCAUGUACGCGCUGGGUUGUCUCGUCUCGCCGUUCAUCGCGACGGCAAUCGCUGGCAGGUACGCUCGGUGGCCCAUGUUCUACCUCUUUCUCGUGGGCAUUGGAGUCAUCAACACCGUGGCUGUCGUUGUUGCGUUCCGCGACAGCUUGUCAACAAUUCCUCGUUCGCAACCCACCGAAGGCUCCCAGUCGGCAAGUCGCAGCAAGAAUGCGUCGCGCGAGAUUGUCAAGAUCCUCAAAUCUCCGUCGGUCUGGCUCUUGGCUCUCUUCUACUUCUUCAUGCUCGGCACCGCUAUCACGGCUGGUGGCUGGGUUGUCGAGUAUUUGGUUUCCGCGCGCAACGGCAAACUCCCAGAGGUUGGUUACGUCAGUGCUGGCUUGUGGGGAGGCAUCUUCCUCGGUCGCGUACUUCUUGCCGAGCCAACACAUCAGUUCGGGGAAAGAAGAAUGAGCAUGUUAUACUGCGUCUUGAUUCUGGGCUUGCAGUUGGUGUUUUGGCUCGUUCCCAACAUCAUCAGCAGUGCCGUUGCUAUAUGUCUUCUGGGGUUCUUUUACGGACCACUCUUCGCUACCGGCAUGUCAAUCGCGUCUAAACUGUUCGAAAGAGAUAUACAAGCCACAGCCAUCGGCUUCGUCUUCAUGCUCGCACAAGCGGGCGGCGCCCUAUUCCCCGCUUUGACAGGGAUCAUCGCGAGCAAAGCCGGUCUGAAAGUCAUGCAACCGAUUGUGGUCGGAUUGAUUGUGGCUAUGGGCGUUGCUUGGGCUCUUGUUCCCAAGGUCCCAAAACGCGACGUCUGA